CAUCCGGUUGUUUCUGUCACCCAAACAAGUGUAAAUAAUUUGUAUUUUCCUGGAUUUACUGUUAUCUAGACGAAUUCCGCUCAGAGCAGGUGAGGUAACCCACAAUGGCUGAUCAUCAGCAUCAAGAACAACAAGGAGACUGCAAACCAGCACCGCCAUCAGCACCACCACCCCAGCAGCAGCAGCAGCAGCCGCGUACCAAAAAGCCAGACAAGGCCCUCUACGUCCCCAAAAGCAAACCGAAGGAUGGUGGUGGAGAUGGACAAGCAGGUGACAACAACCAGGGUCCCACGAACCGUAACUCCAAACAAACCCCGGCGGACAAGAAGGGGAGGCCCAGGCCCAAGUACACGGACAAGGCCUGGAAGAACAACGCCAAGAACAAGAAGCACAAGUCCCCGAAGGCCGACGAGGAGGCCCCCCCGCCGGCGUCGCCUAUAGUAGCGAGCGAAGGAGACCCGGCCCAAAACGGAGACUGUGAAGAUGGCGAGACGGAACGAGGGAACGCAGAGAAAAGCGAGCAACAGACAACGACGACAACGGUGACGGAAGGAAAGGACAGCGGUGAGAGUGGAAGUGAUGGACUGUCAGAUAGACUGACGACCUCUGAUACCAAAGCGGAGGGGGAGGGAGAGGGGGAGGCGGAGGAGGAAGAGGAGCAGGAGAGCUGGGAUACGUUGUUUAACGACGACGGGGAAUGCUUGGACCCUCAUCUGCUGGAGGAGGUGGCGGAGAAGUCGGGCCACAAGAAGCAGUCCAGGCAGGACAAGCAGUUCAACUACUACGACUGGUCGCCGGAGCACGAGGACAUCGAGCUGCGGGACGACGAGCUCUCGCACAUCGUGGAGAUCUACGACUUCCCGACCGAGUUCAAAACCGAGGACCUCAUCCGCGCCUUCCACUCCUACCAAGCGAGGGGCUUUGACAUCCAGUGGGUGGACGACACGCAUGCACUGGGCCUUUUCAACAGCCCCAUAGCAGCUCGGGACGCCCUGACGACGCGCCACCCCAUGCUGAAAGUGAGGCCCCUCUCCAAAGCAUCGGCCGUCACCAAAGCCAAGGCCCGGAGCUGCUCAGACUACCUGCUGCCGGCUAAGGAGCGCCCCCAGACGAGUGCUGCGCUGGCCCGGAGGCUGGUGAUCGGGGCGCUGGGCGUCAAGAGCCCCCAGUCCAGGGAGGAUCGAGAGGCCGAGAAGAAGAAACUCAAGGAUGCAAAAGACCAGAAGCGUCUCGCCGCACAGCAGAGGGACGACGCCUGGGAAGGGAAGUGAGGAGCAUGUGGUGGGACCUGACGUGACGUUUUUAAAUUUUAUUUCCGUUCAAUUUUUUAAUUCUAGAGUCACUGUACUGUAUUGGUUAUAGGCAUAGAGAUGCCUUGGAGAUGCAUUUGUAGAGAUGGAAAAGUGUUUUCCACUGCAAAAGUUUUUUUUUCAAUAUUAACUAUGAACUGAGCGGUUGCUGGCUGCACUUACAGUAGGUUCUCCCCCGCCACCCCCGACUAUCACUCUGCAUUGAAACGUUACACUGAUCAUGUUGACUACAAGGGCUACAGAAUCAGUUUCACUCAGGCAAUAAGGCCCGCUAUUCAUUUGUGUUUGUGUGUGUGCGCACACGCGUACGUGUGUGUGUGUGAUAGUUAUUCAUUUCCCACAUUAUUCAGGUCACCAGUAAACACCUUUUCCAUGUACAGUACGUAAUAUCAUUGGAAUGUCUCAUGUUGACAAAUGAAGAAGAAAACCAAGUCUUAAGAUAAGCAUCGUUUUCCGUUUUUAGCAUGCCGCUCAUGUACAAAUGUAAACCGAAUCCUUCACUAAUUAGUCCCACAGAACAGCAGACUAUAAUCAAAGAGAUGCAUCUACAACAAGAGCGCACAAUAAGGCGUUUUUGGGAAGUCUUUCACUCCCACUCUAAAAUUAAAGGGGUACGUAUGCCACUAUUUUGGGGCUUAAUACAGUUAAAAUUGUUGGCUGGGGUUUAUA